AUUAUUAUCUAAGAAUCCAAGAACAAAGUUUAGUCUUUUAUUCCUGCCCAGGAAAAAGUUUCAAAGAUUUCGUUUGAGUUGUAGUCUGAGAUGGCGAAUCCACCACUUCAAUCUCCCACAAACCCACAUUUCUUUCAGCCUCUUCUUCCGGGUUUCGACACUAACUUCACAAUACCUGUUGCCUUCUUUUCAAAGCACAUAGAGGGAAAAAACGAUUUGAAGACUGCGAAACUGAGAUCGGACGCUUCAGAGAUAACUUGGGAAGUGAAACUAGACGGCCGGAGAUUAACUGGAGGCUGGAAAGACUUCACCACAGCACAUGACCUUCGAAUCGGGGACAUCGUUGUUUUCAAACACGAAGGAGACAUGGUGUUUAAUGUCACUCCUUUCGGUCCUAGCUGUUGUGAGAUUCAGUAUACACAAGCUAACAUCAUCAAGGAAGAAGACGACAGGAGUGACGAUGACGACAAUGACAAUGAGAAUCAGCACAAUAUUAGAAAUGUUUUGAGGAAGAAGACUCUAAAACCCAAAACAGAGCCAAAGUCUUCUUUAUCAUUCGACUACUGUUUUGUAGCAGAAGUCACAGCUUCAAAUAUAAAAUCGGACAAACUUCGUCUUCCAAUGGAAGCUACGAGCUCGAAUGCUCUGAACAGAGGAUGUCACAAGAUGAUAGUAGUGAACGAAGAGGGAAAAUCUUGGACUUUGAGUUUGAGAUUUAGAGAAUCAGACACAAGUUAUUACAUCGGAGGAGGCUGGACGAGAUUCUGCCGUGAGAACAAACGAAAAGCAGGAGAUUCAAUCCUGUUUAAUCUGGUUGGAGACGGGAGAUCAACUCCAAUGAUCUGUAUCUGUCCUGAAGAAGAGUGUUCGGAGCUAAUGAGCAAAUACAUGGGCAAGAAGAAGAUAAAGAGGCGUCCUAUAUGGGUUGCUUCAUCAUCUUCAAGGCAAAACCGAUUUGUCACAAUCAUUCUCACACAUUACAAUAUGCGACACUCGAAACUUAUACUUCCUAUAAAUUUCGUGAAGAUCAACGGGAUUAACAAACACGAGGAGAUAAUUCUGAAGGAUAAACAUGGUGUGAAGCGGUUAACGAAGUUAACGAAGGAUGGACCAAACUAUGGAAGAAGAGGAUUGGGAAAAGGAUGGAAAGAUUUUUGUAAAGCUAAUGACGUAUUUAAGAUUGGCCAGCCUUUCAAGUUGGAGUUGAUUUGGGAAGAUACCAUUCCUGUUCUGAAGUUUUGUUCGAAGAUUGAAUCGAUCUCUGUCUGAGGAUUAUUGACAACCAAGUCUUAUGGCUGUUUGUUUAUCUAAAUCUGAUAAAACUGCGAUUAAGGAUUUGUUAAUUUAGUUGGAAUGUCGAUUUUAUCUUUGAAGGUUUUCAAUGAUGUUUAGAGUUAAUCGUUAAAGUGAGGUUUAUGAGGUCACUGAUAAAAGUUUUUCA